AUGCGCAAGACUCCACCAGGGUCGAGCGGGCAGUCACCACGGACCAUGAUACCUCCACCUAGCCCAUUCGCAAUGGCACAUCCGGCUGCUCGCACGACUACUCUGACUGCACCGACAGUCCCACAGCUCGGUUCCAGGUCACCGGGAUACUCCUCAAACUCGUACAGCCACUCAACUUCACCCAGCACUGCAUCUGGAAGCCUCCCUGAUCAGAAUCAUGAUGGAGCUGGCUUAAUGAUAUCCCCUACUCAGAUAUCGUCAGCGAACCUGAAUGCUCAGAAACGUGCGUAUAGGCAACGGCGAAAAGACCCUUCAUGCGAUGCUUGUCGAGAACGCAAAGUGAAGUGCGAUGCAACGGAGACAUCGGCUUGCUCGGAAUGUUCGAGCCGUAACCAUAGGUGCCAGUUCACGAAGGAGACCAACCGCCGGAUGUCGUCGAUCAAACAGGUCCAGGACCUCCAGAGUCAAAUUGCCGAGUUAACACAUAUGAACUCUCAGCUACGAACCAAGGUCUCGGACAAGGACCCCUGGGAUACCGAACGAACGGACACAAAGCGCAGGCUUUCCGAAGCACACGCUGGCACAUUACCGGGACCACGCCAGGUAUCCUUCUCAACCUUGAACAACUUCGAACACGUUCGUAGCAACAUCCGAACGCAUUCCAAAGGUGUUUUUCAUACGCCGCAUCAGACUCUCAGCAGCGCUGCAGUUUCGAAUUGGUGCCCAUCUGAAAUACCAGCACGCGCAGACUUCGCGUACCUCGCCCGUUCUUACCUCGAGACAACACAUGAGUGGUAUCCCGCAGUCCAUUGGCCUACGUUCCAACGUGAAGUGGACGAGGUUUAUAUGUCAAAAACAUUCGAAGGCUGCUCCCGUGAAUGGGUUGGGCUGUUCUUCGCGGUACUAGCUUGUGGCUCUUUGCAGACCGGGGCUGAGCAUAUGAGCUCUCUUACCACGGCGUCCAAAGGACAGGCAAUGUAUGAGACUGCAACUGCUGUUCUCCAACCCUGGCCGCAGGAAUCAUCAGUCACUUUUGCUCAAGCAGCACUCCUGCUGAGUAUAUACGCCACUGAAAGCAACAUACGUUCCGUGGGCUCUAUGUGGCUCGCUUCUGCAGCAAGGAUGGCACAAGACCUAGAAAUCUGCCCUGAAGUUGAUUGCUGGCCCGUCGUCGAUGGUGAGAUCCGACGUAGGCUCUGGUGGUCCAUCUAUGUUCGUGAUAGGAUCAUCUCUCUUGAAACAAGCAAGCCUAUGAUCAUCAACGAGAGCGAUUGCGAGAUCUCUCUACCAUCCUCUCUAGAAGACCGCUAUAUUCAACCCAACAGUUCUUUCCGCUCAAUGGCAAAACCGGCUCACUUCACUGGCUUUGUGGCCAAUAUACACAUCACACGCCUAUACGCACCAUUACACCAGGUCUUAAGAUCGAGCGUCGUCCUGCCUCAGACUCUACAAAGCUUCGACGAAGAGCUUCGAUUGAAACUGCUGGUCCUUCCCGAGGCCUACCAACCAGACUCUAGUGCGUUGUUCGACGUAACGGCGCUGCCUACGAUCUUCUGCCUAUUAUCCGCUCGCUUCCAUAUGUACCGGCGCAACCUUACUCCUUUAUCGGGCUCAACUGAGCGGGCUAAUGCUUUGAAGCGUUGCGUCUCCGUAUCUCAGGAUACAGCAAAAUACGUGUCAAGGGCUUUACAUAAUCCUCCCAAACAAGACUCGGGUAAAGGGUGGGAGGAGAGGGUGGCAUCGAUAGCGAGCAAUACGGUGUGUUUGCACUUAUGGCGAUGCAUCCUCGUGCUUUGCUUCCAGGGCGAGUACAAAGCUGCGCUGGUGUGCUUGCACCUUUCGAGGACUAUCGGCAAUGUGCGGAAGACCAACUUGGCAUGUGGAAAGAACGUGGCGUUCUUUCUAGAGAGAAUGUUUGAUCGCGUACGCAGCGGUCAGGCAACCAGUCAACAACUCGAACAAGAUGAGGAAAUGAUUGCGUAUGUCAGUGCAGACGCUCAAAGCAGCCUUCAGCAUUCAUGGGUCUGGGUAGGCGACAAUUUGACCUCUUCAAGCUCAACACAAGAGGCGGCCCCAACUGCCAUCCGAUCACCAGGCACAGACGAGCCAAUGCGAGACGCGCUACCCUUACGAACACCAUCUGGUUCACCGAUGAACGGUGCUACAGAAGCAGACGACUGGGCUCAGGCUGAACAGAUGAUCAGGCAAUUAAUGGACGAGCACCUCCACCGAUCCACGCAGCCACCAGCCUAUUAUCCUCCGCCGCAUAAUCCCGUCAAGCGAGUGCAAUUAGCAACCGAUGUACUUUCGCCACCGAAACCCACACCGAACCCAAGCCCUACACCGUCAGGAACAAGUCGUAUCAGUAUUGCGAAUAUAAUAUAA